UUUGUGUUUCUCCAAACUCUGCGCCUUUCUCAAAGUUGGGAGAGUGUGGCUUGUGCUCCGCGUUCGCCAUGGAGGAACUUCUGUCAUUCACAGAUGUGGCCAUUAAUUUCUCUGCAGAGGAGUGUGAAUGUCUGGACUCUGCUCAGUGGAAUCUGUACAGGGAUGUGAUGCUGGAGAAUUACAGCAACUUGGUGUUCCUGGGUCUUGCUUUCUCUAAGCCGUAUCUGGUCACAUUUCUGGAGCAAGGUACAGAGCCUUGGAGUGUGAAGAGACAAUCAGCAGCUGCCAGCCAUGCAGGAUCAAAGCCCCAUAAAUGUAAAGAAUGUGGGAAGGCCUUUGAUAGAAACUCAGUCCUCAUUCAGCACCAGAGAAUUCACACUGGAGAGAGACCCUAUGCGUGUGAAGAAUGUGGAAAAUCUUUCAACUAUUCUUCCAGCCUUAAACAGCACCAAAGAAUUCACACUGGAGAGAAACCGUACAAAUGUGAGGUAUGUGGCAAAGCCUUUAGCUGUUCGUCAUAUCUGGGUAAGCAUCAGAGAAUCCACACUGGAGAGAAGCGCUACAGAUGUGAAGAGUGUGGUAAGCCUUUCACUAAUUGCUCAGGCCUUGUUGUUCACCGAAGAGUCCACACUGGAGAGAAACCCUAUAAAUGUGAGGAGUGUGGCAAGGCCUUUAGCGUUCGCACAACGCUUUCGAAACAUCAGAUAAUUCACACUGGAGAGAAGCCAUACAGAUGUGAUGAGUGUGGAAAGACUUUCAAUGUUCACUCAACACUUUCUAAACACCAGAGAAUUCACACCGGAGAGAAACCUUACAAGUGUGAAGAGUGUGGCAUGGCUUUCAAUGUUCGCUGCAUCCUCUCUAAACACCAGAGAACCCAUACUGGAGAAAAACCCUACAAAUGUAAAGAAUGUGGCAAAGCUUUUAACUGUUCGUCCAGCCUUCACCAACACCAACAGAUACAUAGAGGAGAGAAACUCUACAAAUGUGAUGAUUGUGACCAGGCGUUUAGCUGUUCUUCUUAUCUGUACAAGCAUCGGCGAAUCCACAGUGGUAUGAAACCCUACAAAUGCAAGGAAUGUGGCAAAGCCUUUUACUGCUCUGUCAACCUUAUUUACCAUCAAAGAAUUCAUACUGGAGAGAAACCAUAUAAAUGUGACGAGUGUGGAAAAGCCUUUAGCAUUUGUUCAACUUUUAUGAAACACCAGCGAAUACAUAGUGGAGAAAAACCUUAUAAGUGCAAAGAAUGUGACAAAGCCUUUAAUAAUUGUUAUAAUCUAAUUCAACACCAAAGAAUUCAUACUGGAGAAAAACCCUUCAAAUGCAAAGACUGUGGCAAAGCCUUCAAUUAUACUUCAAGCCUUGCUCAGCAUGAAAGAAUUCACACUGGAGAGAAACCCUACAAAUGUGAACAGUGUGGCAAGGCCUUUAACUCUUCUUCAAACCUUAAACAUCACUGGAGACUCCACACUGGAGAGAAGCCCUACAAAUGUGAACAGUGUGGCAAAGCCUUUAAUGUUCGCUCAACACUUUAUAAGCACCACAGAAUUCAUACUGGAGAGAAACCCUACAAAUGUAAAGAAUGUGGCAAAGCUUUUACGUGUUCUUCCAGCCUUAACCAACACCACAGAAUUCAUACUGGGGAGAAGCCUUACAAAUGUGAAUGUGGCAAAGCUUUUAAUAAUUCUUCAGCUCUCACACAGCACCAAAGAAUUCAUACUGGAGAAAGACCAUACAAAUGUGAAGAAUGUGGAAAAGCCUUUAAUAAUUGCUCGGCCCGUACACGACACCAAAGAAUUCACACUGGAGAAAGACCCUACAAAUGUGCAACUUGUGGCAAGACCUUCAAUUUUCCCACAUCCCUGUCUCAACACCAGAGAAUUCAUACUGGAGAGAAACCCUACAAGUGUGAAGAAUGUGGCAAAGCCUUUAACUGUUCUUCACAUCUUAAACAACACCGAAUUAUUCACACCGGAAAGAAACCCUACAAAUGUAAAGAAUGUGACAAAGCCUUUAACUGUUCUUCCAGCCUUAACCAACACCGGAGAAUUCAUACUGGGGAGAAACGCUACAUAUGUGAGGAAUGUGGCAAAGCCUUUAACAAUUGCUCAGCUCUUACUCAACACCAAAGAAUUCAUAGUGGAGAGAAACCCUACAAGUGUGAAGAAUGUGGCAAAUCCUUUUAUAAUUGCUCAGCCCUUUCUCGACACCAGAAGAUUCAUACUGGAGAGAAACCCUACAAAUGUGCUGACUGUGGCAAGGCUUUUAUUUUUCGCUCAUCCCUUUCUCAGCACCAGAGAAUUCAUACUGGAGAGAAACCCUACAAAUGCACAGAAUGUGGCAAAGCCUUUAACUGUUCUUCACACCUUAACCAACAUGGAAGAAUUCACAGUGGAGAGAAACCUUAUAAAUGUGAAGAGUGUGGCCAGACAUUCAUCUGUUCUUCAUACCUACAUAAGCAUCAGAAAAUUCAUGCCAUCGAGAAACUCUACGAAUGCAAAGAAUGUGGCAAAACCUUUAGCUGCUCUUCAUAUCUUAAGUAUCAUCAGAGAUUUCAUACUGGGGGGAAAUUGUACCCAUGCAAAGAAUGUGACAAAACCUUUAGGUCAUCUUCAUACCUUAGGAAUCAUCAGAGAUUUCAUACUGGAGAGAAACCAUACACAUGCAAAGACUGUGACAAAGCCUUUGUUAAUUCAUCAAGCCUUCUUGUCCACCAAAGGAUUCACACUGGAGAGAAACCGUACAAAUGCAAAGAAUGUGGCAAGGCCUUUCGGUGUUCUUCUUAUUUUAAGUAUCAUCAGAGACUUCAUACUGGAGAGAAACCCUACACAUGCAAAGAAUGUGGAAAAGCCUUUGCGAAAUCUUCAUGUCUCAUUCUACACCAAAGAAUUCAUACUGGUGAAAAACCAUACAAAUGUGCAGAGUGCGGCCAGGCCUUUAUCUGUUCUUCAUACCUGAGGAAGCACCAGAGAAUUCAUACAGGUGAGAAACCGUAUACCUGUGAAGAAUGUGGCAAAGCUUUUAGCAUUUACUCAACCUUCACUCAACACCAGAGAAUUCAUACUGGAGAAAAACCUUAUAAAUGCAAGGAAUGUGAGAAAGCAUUUAAUAAUCAUUCUGCCUUAAUUAAACAUCAAAGAAUUCAUACUGGAGAGAAACCCUACACAUGCAAAGACUGUAGUAAAGCCUUUAAUAAUAGCUCAAGCCUUAUUCGACAUCAACGAGUUCAUUCUGGAAUUGAAACUCUAGAAGUUCAAGGAAUGUGGCAAGGCCUUUAGUAAUAAUUUAACUCUUAGCUUGAAAGACUCAUAGUAGUAAGAAAGUAAAAUGGAAAAAGGUGAUUAAUAUGUAUAUUAUACAUAUUCAGUCUAAAAAUUCAUGCAUGGAAGAAACUCUACAAGUUCAAAUAGUGUUGCAAAUCUGCUAGCUCUUCUUCAUAUCUUAAUUGCUAGCAGAGGAUUUGUGUUGGGAGCCCCCAAAAUAUAACGUGUCAAGGCUCUUAAUGAAGGCUCACUCCUCAUCAGGGAAUUCGUGCUUCAUAGAAAUCUUAGCAUUUAUUGACUUUGGAAGGAACUCUGUCCAGUGUGUGAGCAAAGUAGUUAUGCAGGAAGAAAUUAUGUAAACAGAGAAGAGCAAAACUCAGAUCUUAAUGGAUAUGAGAAUUACUGUAGGUGGUUAAUUUUUAUGAAUAUAUAGAACAAUGUAAAAAUAAAGUAAAUAUUGCUUAUAAAUUAUGGGACAUUACUUAUGGGACAUUAUGAUAGAAAUUAAUUAUCACAGACAUCAGAAUCAUGCACAUAACUCAUCUCAGUAAGGAUAUGAAUUUGUGAAUGAGACCAUAUUUACUAUGUAGCCUCAUGCUUGAAAACAAAACUUAGCACAACUCUCAAACUGUGUUAAAAGAACAAGACUAAUUUCUGAUUGAUUUUAGUCUACUUUUUUCCACAGAGACUAUAUAGUGGGCAUAAACAGGGGUUCUAUGUAAAGCUUACU